UUUGCCUCCUCCAAACAAAACCACCAUGGACAUGAUGAGCCCCACCACCGCCUUCGAGGCCAAUAUGUGCCCCGAUCUCAAGCGUAUGCACAGCGAGUCGGAUGUCUACCGCUGCACAGAAGCGGGCUGCCACCGCGAGUUCAACCGCAAGUACACGCUCGCCGAGCACGUCAAGACGCACACCGGUGAGCGUCCCCAUCUGUGCCCUGUUCCUACCUGCGGCAAGCGCUUCAGUACGUCCGGCAACCUCUCGCGCCACAAGCGGCUGCACGGCUACAUUGAGCCGCUCAAGUGCCCCGUUCAGGGCUGUAUCUGCACCUUCCCGAGCAACAUCAAGCUCGAGAAGCACAUGAAGUUCCACUACGGAAGCGACGUCAAGGUGUGUCUGGUUCCUGGCUGUGGUAAGACCUUCACCACGACGGGCAACCUCAACCGUCACCGAAAGAACCACCACGGCAUUGCUACCGCUGGCUGCACGAGCCCCACGUCGUCUAAGGUCACCGUCGUUGGCAGCCCUACCGCCGCCGAGCAGUGGAUCCCGACGGCGCCUCUCGAUGACUUUACCCUCUGGUCAGAUACCCUCAGUGCCGAGCUUGAUUUUACUGAGACGGCCACCAACCAGGACCUGCUGGAAGCUCUCGAGUCUUUCCUCGACGAGGACGAGCCACUGCAGUUCUAAAGAGUAGCUGACGUCGUUCGACGCCGUGAAGACCGGCGUCCUAUUUUAUUCUGAGUAGCACGAAUGUAAGUUAAAACAAUCCAACGCCUUCAAAACAACGAA